UGAGACGGCGGAGACUAUGGCGCAUGGUAUUUUUUAAACUUUCCGCGGUAUGUACAUCAUUAACUAUUGUUCAUUUCGCAUGUAAAAAUACUGUCUACACCAAAGUAAAUUACCAAUAAAUCUUAAUACCAUGUCUUCCGAGGGCGUAAGGGACCCUGAGAAUCACCGCGAAGAUAUUCUUCUAACCUCAAAAUCAAGCAGCGUGGAUAUCGAUGAAGAGAAUGUAAGAGACACUGUAGAUGAUGUAAAAAUUGUAUAUUCUAACAUCAAGGAUGUCACAGAGAAAGAUGAAAUUACGGACUCGAUAAAGUUGCUUCAACAUUCGUCAGAAACAAGUUCGAAGCAUGAUCUAAUGGAGAUUGACAGCUCGUAUAUGAAAUCAGUAAAUGAUUCUGUCGAGGCCAAUGUGACCACUGAGGAAGGUCAGAUUAAUGUACCUAUUAGCAUAGAUGAUGUCGAAUCCUUGAAAGUUGUUGGAAAUGGACUUGAUACUCCAGAAAUACAAGAAAGACACGCAACUCGGACAGCAAAUUUGAUCGCAUUGCCUGUUCAACUGGUCGCUCAAGAUGCACAGAAUGACAGGCCUAUUGAGAUCAAAAAUAGUGAUCAAAAUGAGUUGAUGCAAAAAGACAAAAGCGUUGAGAACGCAGCUUCGAUGGAUUUAAUAAAAGCUCAGGCAGCUUCAAACUCAAGGGAUGGUAUCUCCAAAGUAGAGGUAACAAACGUAGUAAAUUCCUUAUCGUAUUUAGCGGCAGAAUAUGCAAGUUCUGAUUCGGAUGAAAAUGAAAAAAGACCAUCAUCACCAUGCGAAGUAAUUACCAUUGUUGAUGACCGUGGCAAUGUGAGACAAAAUAACACACAGUAUCGAAUGGAGUCUAUAGAUGAUGACUCUGAAAGUGGAUCUAGUAGUAUAAAUUCCAGUGGUAGCGAUUAUACCACAGAAACCGAUAGUGAUAUUGAUAGCGAAUCAGACAGCCCUAUACGGGUCAGUAAAAUUGAUUUACCAAAAAUCAAAAAUAUUAAAAGUGAGUUUGAGGGUCUACCACCAAUCGAAGAAUUGAAAAUUACAGUACCUGAAGAAUCAUGUGACCACCUAGGCGAGGUCACUGGGUUUGUAGAGGAGUUUGUUAUAGUACGACCAGUUUCGGGUAAACCCACUCUAAAUCUUGAUUCAAUUUUAUUUCUUGAAAAAGGCCGAAAAGUCCUUGGCAAGGUGUUUGAUGUAUUUGGUCAUGUGGCUGAUCCUCAAUAUUGUGUUCGAUUCAAUAGCGAAGAACACAUUCAACAAUCGGGGAUUGUUUUGGGAAUGGAAGUAUAUUAUUCUCUAAACGAUGAGCACACAUCUCUGGUCUUCCUUCACGAAUUAGUCAAGCUGAAAGGUGCUGAUAUCUCUGGAGAAGACGAUAUGGAGCCUCCAGAAUUUUCAGAUGAUGAGGAGGAACGAGCUUAUAAUCAGCUGCAAAGACAAAAGCAACGUCACAGACCAGGAAUGUCAGAGAGUCAUGAUAACUGUGGUGGUGUAGUGAUCCCACAAAAACGUCAAUGCCCCGAACGUCCUCGAAAUCCUUGGGGCACUGACUGGAGAUCUCAAAACUAUGGUAACCGCCCACCAAAUCCAAAUUCCGGCCAUGGUACGCAUCGAUGGAUCUCUGAUAAUUGUCAGCCUUCAUUUCAAAAUUCGCCCAACUUACAAAACGUAACUCACUCACCUAAUCAGUCUUCCCCUCAUCGAUACAGACACCCCAGCACAUUUAAUUCUAGUCAGUGUCAAUGUCAUCUAUAUACUAAUCAGUACCAACAAAAUAAUAUGUUUCUUCCAACAAAUCCAGAAUAUGUGUUUGGUCAACCGGCGAAUUUUCGGCCUAACUAUCCCUAUUAUGGAACGAAUUUUUAUCGACCUAAUCCUUAUCCACACCCUCAUAUGUCUUGGGGACCACCACCACCACCUCCUCCUCCUCCCCCACCUCCUCCGCCAUCUAUGUAAUUCUAAAUUCCAUGUUUUAGCUUACAUGCUUAAGAUCUGAUAAACUUUACAUCAAUAUUCACGACCAGAUUCUCAUCCACCCCCUCACAUGCUUGGGGACCACCACCACCACCACCACCUCCUCCUCCUCCUCCUCCUCAUCCGCCACAUCCUCCGUCAUCUGUGUAAUUCUAAGUUUCAUGUUAUAGCUUACAUGCUUAAAGAUUUAAUAAACCUUACAUCAAUAUUCAGCAUCACAUAUGUUAAUUUGUCAACUAUGUAGCACUCCACUAGUUACGGAUACUAUAAUGUGUACAGAGGUAACGAUUAGAAGUAAAUGGGCUUCCAGCAAUAACUACGGUAAUGCACGAUUUUUUCUGUUUUUUGUAAACAUAUUUGAAAUAUAUUUAUCUCUCUGAA